AUGCCUUCCACGCUGGCAAAGUCUAACAAUCGCCCAACACCUAAGACUCUCACCCAUGCCUACAUGGUAUGCGGCGUUGGUCGCGAACCCUCACAAUGGGUCAAGGCUCCUCCACCGGCACAUGGCAAGAUCCAGCACAUGAAAGGUGCUGUAGGCCAAUUUUGGUUACCGGAAAUCCUGGGUAGCAGCCCGCGCCUGGAGUCUGAUAACGAGAUCGCUAGAGCGCUUCAUGGUGCUAUGAGAGCUUGCUUUCCCCACGACGUAGAAAUCUGCACUGGUCGAAGCCAGCCUCACUGUGUACACCAUGCAUUCGUCCUUCAGCAAGACUCACAGCACACCCUGUAUGGCAUCGCCCUUCGCGUCUGGUCACGCGCCGACGAAAAGCGCGCCGAAACCAUCCGCGAGUUGCGCAGAAAGACUGAGCCAGACUUCAGAGAUGGGGGCGAGGAAGUCACGUAUUGGAUACCCUAUUGUCUGUCUUUCUUGUCCCGAUACCCUCUCUACAACCUUCUCGGAGACUAUCUUCGUGGAAUGUGGAUCCACUGGAACAAAGCGACAAACCUAUUCCAUGCUGAGGAGGUCUCUCGUAUUCUGAGUUUCCCAGCACCAAGACUGAACGAUCUGGUUCGGAUUGACAUGAAGGACUAUGCGCUCUGCUACCAGUUCCCGUCGUCACCAACAGGCUUUCAGAACUUCGCCAUGUGGCCGUUGUUCAGCUGUCUGACCAUGCCCAACAUCGUCGGUGUCAUCGAAGCAGCUGUGUCGCCAACAAGGCGCAUCAUUCUUACUAGUCACCACCCUGCAAUGCUGACCAUUGCUGCCGAGACCAUCCGCUUUUGUGUUCGUGUGUACGAAUGGAGUGGUCUGUAUGUUCCUGUGGUUCAUGCACGCAACGUAUCGGAGAUGGUGCAGGAGCCCGGCCCGUAUAUCCUGGGUAUCACCACUGAGUGUCGAUCGCUGUUCCAACCACCCAAAGAUGCUCUCUUGGUCGACCUCGAUCGCAAUUUGGUCAUUACCGAUCACCCACCAAACAUACUCACGCACAAACAACGCCAAAAGAUGAUUAAUCGCCUGACGCAGGCUCUAAACCACGAUGUCGAGAUCACUGGCGUCCCGCAGCAUCUCAAAUCGGCCUAUGGCGGUGGUAAGCUCAUUCCCGCUGGCCAGAUCAUCGUGCUGCGUGGCGAAGUUGAAUCCGUCCAAGACCCAUCGUGGUGGAACCAGGACUCUAUGAUGGCAGUGAUGGAUCAUGUCUGCGAGAAGCUGGGCCGCAAUACCGGCAUCAAAGCUGUCUUUGGCGGUGCCACGAAGAAGCCACUGAUGACCAAGAUCUCAAUGCGCCACAUGAAUGAGAUUGUGCGCGAACGCAACCAGUACUCACGUGACGCGCUUGAAGCAUGGCAGGACUUCAUCAAUCUCAAGGGCCGCAUGGACACUGAACUACAGAAGGUCUCCAAGCGCAACCAGUAUCUCGAAGGCGAGGUCGAAACCUGGAAGUUGCAAUUUCAGAAAUUCCAAAACUUCGUCGAGUCCCUCAACAAGGAAUUGUCUGAGCUUCGCGUCAAGAUCGAGCAGCACAAGCGCGAGCAACGCCGCCUCACAGGUCUCAUCGAUCAGCAGAAAGACGACAGCGCUCGCCUCACCCUUCGACUCUCUGGCACAGAGCGCCAGCGUGACAACGCGCUCGAGGCGUUGGUUCUGCAGCAAGGUAUCGCAGAAGACCUGGAGAAGGAGCGCUCGCGCAAUCGCAAGGAAAUUGGUGCUCUCCAACAUACCAACGCUGGCCUUCAGCGCCAGCGCGACGAAGCUCAGCGUGUGGUCCUUCAUCUGCGAAGCUUGAUCACAGGCCAGUCACAUCAUAUGGAGCACAUUGUGCGCUCGAUCGGCACAUCCAACGAGCUACAAGACUAUGUGCGCGAGGGCUACGAAGACAUUGACGAGGACGACAUGGAGGAUGUUGCCGAGGAAGGCGUGCCAGACUCGCGUGCCGCCUCUGCCUCAAUCGAUGGCCAAGACGUCACUUCACAUAUGGAGUCUCAGCUGCUCACAACACCAUCUCGCCGUAGCAAGCGUUACAGUACCCUCUCCAUGACUGAUGUUGCUGAUCGUCACCUACGGGAGAAGACAGAUGCCAUUGCAGACAUCAUCCGCAACAUUAGCGAGCAGUGCGCGGCCGCUGUCGAGGGCUUGCAGCUUGCCAGCGCUGCUGCUGACAUCGAGUCCGAGGGCGUUGAUCUCGAGGAUUCUUCCCUGCACGCUCAUCGUGGCCAUCACCGUGAGGAUUCAACCUCGACCACCAACAGCACAACAGCGCAAAAUCUGUCGCCAUCCGACGCAAGUGCUGACCGCAGCCGCAACAAUACCUCUGGUGGCCACAUCACGCCUGGCAGCGAAGCGGAUUCCCAGUCGUCGAUACCGCCGACGCCGGAUCUCGUACAUCAGCGUAGCAGUACUGCCUUGAGCAUGGCCAGCACUGCUCCAACGAAUUAUACGGCGAGAGAGUCUCUGAAUCAGGGUACAUCGGGUCAGCGUACAAAGAUCGCUGGCGACGAGGAGGUUGAGCGCGUGCAUGGUGGCAGUGAGCACGGAGAUGGCAUGGCAUCUGGCAGUGCCGAGAAGAAAGUAUACCCUGCGCAGUCGAGCCCAAGUCGAGGACCAAGAGUGUUGAGUCGUGUUGUUGAAAGUUCUUGA